GAAUGGAAGUAAACAAAUGAAUACAACUACUCAUCUAAAUGGUAUAAGUAAGACUACUAAUAAAUCAUGAAUCCGUAGUUGCUGUCUUUUAACCAACCAUUUAAGCAGGAUUUCUGGAAAUCCUUGGAAUUUUGGAAAAGGUACUUGAAUGUUUCAAUGCUCUGCUCAGCCACCCACACACACACACACACACACACACACACACAAACACACACAUACACACACACCCACACACACACACACAUACAUUCAGACACCUCUAAGGAUGAACCAGGUGUCCUUCACUCUAGGGGUUAAAUGUUCUGACCCUGUGUUUCUUCUGUUGCUCACGUGUAUAUCUGAGGAAAGUAUUAAACCAAGGAAAGUGUAUACCUGGUCAAAGUGUAUCUGGGGGAAGUGUUGAACCGUGGAAAGUGUUUAACUGUGGAAUGUGUUUAACUGAGGAAUGUGUUUAACUGUGGAAAGUGUGUAUCUGGGGAAAGUGUGUAUCUGGGGAUAGAGUGUAUUCCUCCAUUUACAUACACAGUCCAAACAAUAUUAAGUAGGUGGAUAGUAAAACAAGACUAGGUACAAGAUUAGCCCACAGGGAUAGUAAAGCUAACAUGUUUCUGAGAUCAUCCAAGCUGACUUUUUAUCUUAUUUUAUCAGGUAAUAGAGGGAAAGAAUGAUUCCAUGUUUCAUAUUGUUGGAUCUGGGAUUUGAAUCAGAAACGUUUCAUUUAGAUUAGAUUAGAUUCAACUUUAUUGUUAUUGAACAGUGCAUGUACAGUACAACGGAAUGCAGUUAGCAUCUACUGGCCUAUUACCGACCAGCUGGCUAAUCUAACACCCUGUGUAAAUGUUUAUGUGUACGAGGUUGCCACAAAAACAGUAAAACCUGACAAAUCAGUGCCCACAAGGUAAAAUGUGAUUUCUGGUUCAGCGGUUUAGAGUGAAACAUAAAACUGUAAAGUGUUAUUAGGGUUCGGCUGAGGCGUUGGCACUAUUUUAAGGUUAGGCAUGAAGAUUAGGUAAUUAAUUAAUGGUUAGGAUUGGGUUAACUGUAUGGGAGACAUGACUUUCUGGGUUUCUGGUCCCCUCAAUUAGAGAAAAACAAAUGCAUGUGUUCGAUCCCUGUCUGUGUACCUAGACCCCUCAAAGAUAGUAAAACCUGAACAGUAGGUCCCCACAGUCUUUCUUUGGCAAGUUGUGUGUGUGUGUGUGUUUGUGGUAAUAACACAGAUCAGAAGCAUGAUGUCAUUUGCUUUUUAAUGACCAAUCAUCAGUCAUGUGACUUGAGCAUGAUUUCAAGUGGAGCCAACCAACAGCCAAUGAUUUAAUCAGCCCAAUGACCACAUUCCUCCUGUAGUUAUAGGCUGCUUGGUGUGAGUGUGUGUAUGUGUGUAUGUGUGUAUGUGUGUAUGUGCGGUUUCAGUAGUUGCGGCACUGUAACUGCAACGCGGCAGUCCCAGAAGCGGCCAGCAGGUGGGGUAAUUGGGCGAGGCACUCAAAGACAUCUCUGACACCUUGCUACGUCUAAUGAACAUGCCUAAAUAAAACGGUGCGUGUGUGUCUGUGUGCUGAUGCGUGUGUGCGACCGUGCGUGCGUAUGUGUAAUUAACUCCGUGUGGACCAUAUGCGAGGCAGGCCUUCGUCUGGAUAAUCCUAGUUAAGAGAUUAGCGAGGGUGGAUUGAGAGACAGAAAGAGAGAGGGUGAUGAAGUCCGAGAGACAGUACAGCCUCUGGGAUCUUCCUUCUCCACAAUACGCCACUAAAACAGACUCUGGACUCUCUCUAAUAGUUUCUCGAUGGUCCUUACGCCUUGGGAGAUCGUUCACAAACACCUCUUUAAGACACUCUUAGAGUUUACGACCGGAACGACUCCGUAAACCCCCCCGAGGUCCUCUCUGGAUCAGUGUCGCCGGGGGAACACACCUUCUGGAGAGAUGACCGGCCUCCUGGCCUGUGACCACAGCUGAUCGGACGGGAGCGAGAGGCGAGAGGGAGGAUGGACUGCCUGUCCCCCGACGCAGUGGGAGGAGUGGGGGUGGGGGUGGGGCGUGGAUGCUGGAUGGGUGGAUACAGUGAGGACGAGGACGAGCUUCUCCCUCUGGAGAGAUGCCCCAAAGAAGUCCGGAAGGUUCCGGCCCUGCAGCCAAAGAGCGAGGGCAGCCUGAGGCGUCGCCUGCUCACCUCCAAGAUCCACCAGCAGCGAGACGCCCUGUGGGCCCCCAGGCCCCUUGCCCAGGGGCCACAGGACAGCAAAGACCUUCAGAGGCCCCUACCCAGGCAGGGAUACCCCUACCCCCAGGGCUCUCAGGGACACACACAGGGGUACUCCCAUUCCCUGGCCCAUCUGAGGAGGACCAGCUACUCUCCCCCAACGCCCAACCAACAUCCUGGGUUCAGCUUCCCCCCAACAUCCCCUACACCCUCAGGAGCAGGGAGCUACACCCAAACUGGCCCCUGUGGUUAUUCCAACUUUGGACCCUCAGUGUACACACUCCCAGGAACAGGACUCCCAGGCUACUCUCUCUCCUGCCCAGGGUACUGUAACCCUGCCUACAACACAAGCCCCAGCAGUAGCCCACGAGCAGGAGCCCACACCCCGGCCCACAGGCCCAGCUUCUCGUACCCCCACUAUGGUUAUUCCCCUCAGGGGUUGGCCUACGGCGCCAACUCCUCGCCCCUGGAACCUGGCCACAUCUCCAACCUGGGGUUGGCCACCGAGGCCCAGCCCGGCCUCUCCUCUCGAAGAAAGAGUUUCUCCUGUCUCAACCUGCUCCGAAAGCGCAGCUCCAAGGCCCGCAAGAUGCCCUCCCCGCACACGCCCCUCCUUCACGCACAGCAGCGCCCACACUGGAGAGCUGUCGGUCUGGAUGAGGACAGGAAAUGGUCAGUACACUACUCAUCCCAGAAGCCUCAGCAGGAAACACGGCUCACCUUUAAGGAUGACCUGCACAUUGAUCUCAGAGAAUGUGACAGGAAUCAAAGAAACGAUGGAUAUGGCAGUUCACAUUACUUCUCCCAAAACCCUGCCUACCUCAGCCCUAGCCUAUCAGAGGGCAGGCUUCAUAAUGAGAAAGACAGCAAGGACCAAAGCUGGAAAAAGAGGUCUAAGCUGCUGGACUAUCUGUAUCAGUCUUGCUUCUCCGUCUGCUGGAGGAGAAAGUCAACAGCGUCAUCGCCAGACGAGGACUGUUUGGCCUUUUCGUUCCGGCCACCACCCAGCCCCCCGCCUAACUGUUACCGAAACAUUAACGACACGGUUAACGGCUGUGAUGUCACAGCUAACGGCUGUGAUCUCACAGUUGGGGAGGAUGCAGAGUGGAUUAAGACCCUCCCCCUGCCGACGCCAGAGGAAAAGAUGAGGCAGCAGGCUUUGGCUAUCGGCGCUGAAGUGGUACCCAUUAACAUCACCGGUGAGAGUUUCGAGCGUCAGGCAAGUUUCCGGCGAGCGUUAGCCAACACAGACACUCUGAGUCGGCGACCCCGGAACAAACUCACACGCCGCAAGACCAUCACCGGAAUACCUGAUGACAUCACCAGAAUUCCGGAAAGCCAGCCGGUUGAGGGCUGUGGAGGGUCAGUGGUCCUCCCCGGUCAGUACUCCACCGUAGGACGGACCGGCAGUGUCCACACGGCCAUGCGGCAAUGCCCUCUCACACAGUCACACACACCCUCAAACACCCCAGAGGCGGACCCGACGGAGGAGGAGAAAAACAGGGAGGAGAACCAGAGGGUCGUGAAGGCGUCGGUGCGUCGGAUCAGAGCGCAGAGAGGACAGGGAAUCUCCUCCCUGAUGGCCUCUCUCACCCCGACCCUCACCCCUAACCCCUCCCUGAUGCCUCAAACCCAAGCGCCCCCCUCCCUCAGUCUCCCCUGCUCCCCCUCCGAGGCAGGUGUUUCUCUGGAGGGUGACGAUGGAGGAGAGGGCCUCCGUAGCCUCCUCCAUCAAGACACCACGUCCUCCCUGGGCUCUGAGAGCAGCUGCCUCAGCUCCCCCUACGGCACACUCUGUGACGCUGAAUCCUGCUCUACGGAACAAGACCUCCAGAGCCAUUCCGAGGAGGGUUGGAAAAGCAGAUCCCAGUGUCAGAGCACCUCCCUGGUCGACGACUGGAGCUACGAACCCCUCCUGCCUUCCAGCCAUUCCUCCCCUCUUCAUCCAAUUUCCUCCCCGUCUUCGACCGACUGCAGCUCCCUCUGCUCUGAGAACACAGACAGCACCAGGCACUCCCCUUUGCAGCGGCUGAAGUCACACAGCCACGGCUGCAUUUCGGUCGAUUACGCCACCGGCAGCAAUGACUCUGCCCAUUGUAACCCGGACCACGACGGGCUCAGUAGCGGCAGCCUGUCGCACAGCAUCUCCCUGAGGAAGUCCAAGAAGCCCCCGCCCCCUCCCACCCGCUCCACGUCGCUUUGCCGUGAUCCCAGCCGGGGGAAACCGCCACGCUCCAGCUUCAACCGUGCCUCCGGCCGUCCUGAGGACGGAGAUGAUGCGGUGCUCAGGAGUCCCCAGACUCCCUGUCUGGUUCCCCUCUCUCCUACGGUGUCUCCUGGCCUGUUUGGGGACCCUUGGGUUCCUCGCUGUAGCAGCCUCAGCAGCCUGGGCAAGGGGGUCAAGGGUGGUGCCGACACCAGCAGGCAGAUCCCUCACUUCCACAGCUUCCACCAUCAGCCCAGCCCCGGUGAAGACCAGGACCACCCGGCCUGCCCCAACUCCCAGCAGCCUCUCAGCCUGCCGCCUGUGACUCGCUCAGCCAGCAUUGGUGGGGUGAGCAUGCCCACGAGGCCGACCUCAGGUCAUCGGGUGGUCGCCGCCGCGUGGAGACACCAGAGCCCGGCCUCUUCCGCCUCCAGCGGAUACUCCAGCCAGUGCAACACCCCAACCACCUCCUCACCCCGAACGCCAUCCUCACCCCUGACGUCCUCCUCCUCCCUCCCCCUCACCGCCUCGUCCGCCCUUCCCCACACCACCUACUCCUCGCUCCCCAGAACACGUUCAAAGAAAGACUCACCAAAACCCCCCGUCCCAGAGAGAAAGUCCUCCCUCCUCUCCUCGCCUUCCUCGUCCUUUUCCUCCACCUCAUCCCUCUCUUCCUUCACCUCCUCUGAUUCUGUCAGAAAUCCCCCUCUUCCGCCUUCUACUCCCCUGCCCUGCUCCAGCGCACCUCCUCCUCUACCUCCGCCCUACCAAUCCCUCCCUCAGCAACAGUCCCUCCACUCUCCACCUCCUCAUCCCGUUCUUCCCACUCUUCCGCCACCAUCUUAUACAUAUGCAUUGCAACAUGCUCAGCCUCAACCGUUUGUCUUCCCUGACGCACCCGACAAUCUUGAGGUGACAGGAUUCCCCCCGCCUCCUUCCCCUGAGCUUGCAGAGGAAUCAGACCUGUCAAUCAGUUGCCCUCCCCCUCCUCCUCCGCCACCUCCCCCUUACACCCACACCCCUCCGAGUCACUCCCAAGUCCAGAGCAUCUCCAGAGUGAGCUUGCGGCAGCCCCCCCGACCCCUGAUCACAACCCAGGCGCUGCAGAGAGUCACACUGCGCUCAGUAAAAAGGGCACAAGAGCUAGCCCCACUGGUGCUACCUAGCAUUGUGCUAACCAACCCUAUAUCCGCUGAUGUUGAGCAGAGCUUAGAUUGCACUGAUACUAUGCUAACCAGCAUUAUUCCAACUGAUGCUCUGUCAACUAAUUAUGAAACAAUGAGUGUUGACAAUGAGUGUUCUAUGCUAAAUGAUAUCAUGCUAACCAGCGUCAAGGAGAGAGUGAGAGGCAUACAUGCCUUGCAAGCCAGUUCUGUGUCAGAUAGUGUGGAGGGGAUUGACACCAUCAUUACCGAAGCUGAGGCCAUAACAGCUGGGGCAGUUCUGCCAAUUUGCCAAAAGACCAAUGAAACGAAUGACUCCCCGCCAGCGGAGGCUGCAAUUAGAUAUGAAAACAAUGGCGCUAUGCUGAUAGAAGACGAGAUGUCAGCAGAGACAUUGUCAGGGUCGUGCCGUCCCUACACUGCCUUGAUCACUGCCUGGCAGACUGACGCAACCACAGAGGAGACUGGAAGGAAAGAUUCAAGCCCACAGAUAACUAGAACUCUGAAGAAGCCUAACACGCUAGACAAACCUAGAGUGCUUGAGAAGCUUGGGAUGCCAGAGAUGUCUAAAACUGCUGAGAAGCCUGUUGUUCUCCCUAGACCACUUGUUUUCACACUGAAAGAGGUGGUUCUCAGCUCUAGUCCGCCUCCUGAGAACAGAGAACCAGUACCGCAGAACAUCGAGUCCAUGCUUCAGAAGGAAACUUCUCCCCGCUUGACUAGCGGUCAGUCUGAGUACUCAAGGAAGGCUGACACACCCACACACUCACCUGCUUCCCCCUCAUCCUCCCCACAAAGACAGAAGCCUCCCGCCACCCUGCAGAAGCCCAAACGUUCCUUUAUUAUGAAGGGGACAACCAAGCCCCAGGCUGAGUCUCACCCAGUGAAUGAGUUACCCAUACAGAGGACAACCAAGCCCCAGGCUGAGUCUCACCCAGUGAAUGAGUUACCCAUACAGAGGACAACCAAGCCCCAGGCUGAGUCUCACCCAAUGAAUGAGUUACCCAUACAGAGGACAACCAAGCCCCAGACUGAGUCUCACCCAAAGCUUGAGUUACCCAAACAAAGGACAACCAAGACAAAGGCGGAGUCUCAGCCAGAGCCAGAGUUACCCACACAGAGGACAACCAAGCCCAAGACAGAGUCUCAGACUUUCUACCAUUCAAAGUAUUAUGUACCAGAGCUACCACCAAAGCCCUGUCUUCCAAAGCCCCACCAGCAAUCCUGUCGUCCAGAGUUCCCCCAGAAAUCCGGUCCUCCAGAGCCCAAGCAGGAGUCCUGUUUUACAGAGCCCAAGCAAGAGUCCUGUUUUACAGAGCCCAAGCAAGAGUCCUGUUUUACAGAGACCAAGCAGGAGUCCUGUUUUACAGAGACCAAGCAGGAGUCCUGUUUUACAGAGACCAAACAGGAGUCCUGUUUUACAGAGCCCAAGCAGGAGUCCUGUUUUACAGAGCCCAAGCAAGAGUCCUGUUUUACAGAGACCAAGCAGGAGUCCUGUUUUACAGAGACCAAGCAGGGGUCCUGUUUUAAAGAGUCCAACCAGGAGUCCCUUUUUACAGAACCCAAGCAGGGGUCUUGUUUUAAAGAGCCCAAGCAGGAGUCCUGUUUUAAGGAGCCCAAGCAGGAGUCCUGUUUUAAGGAGCCCAAGCCGGAGUUCUGUUUUACAGAGCCCAAGCAGGAGUCCAGUCUUCCAGAGUCCCAGCUGGAGUCCAGUACUUUGAAGGCUAAGGCAGACAUACCUCCAGGACAUACUCAGCGUGUGCAAGUAUCAUACGCAGAGCUGGAGACCUCAGAACUACAUGAGAUCUGGGUGAUGCAAAAGAACGAAGAGGACUUGACAGACUGGAUUCGGGAGACGGGCACGCUGAACCAGAGGAGGGGAGAGGAAGAAGAGGGUGACGAAGAGGAGAGGGGAGCGACGGAGGAUGAGGACAGCAGUGAUUCUGGAAGCUUCCUUCUGGAAGAGCGGAGAGACUCUCUGAGCAGUGAUCUGUCCACUGACAGCCUGAAAGAGGAGCUUCUACUCCCAAACAGUCUCAUCCAUGAGGAAGUAAUCAGCAUGAGGGAGGAGGUUUGUGGCCUUGACACAGAUGGCGUCAGCAGCUCCACAGGGUCCCUGAGCUCCAGACAAGAUAAUCGUGACAUUACUUCAGUGAUGGUAACACCAGCAAGGCCACGAACUACAGAGGACCUAUUUGCUGCCAUUCACAGGUCAAAGAGGAAAGUUUUGGGUCGCAGGAAGUCUGUGGAGGAACCAUGCCCUGUCUUCCCUAUUUCCUCUUCCUCACAUCCAGUGACCUCUACAGACCCUGGCUCGACCCCUCCAAGACCUCUCGAGGUAAUCGGGUUCAGAAGUACGAGUCGUAGGUCGGGGGUCCGUAGCAGCAGUGACGGCUUCAAGGCUCUGCUGCUGAAGAAAGGAAGUCGCCGCGACCCUGCCACUCGUAUUUCUGCAGCCGAGAGACUCCGCAGUACCGCCCCGAGACACCAGGGGGCGCCAGCACCACAGAACCAGAGCUCACAGAGCGAGACCCAGUCAGAAGCACACAUGCCUCUUGUGGUGGAGCCACACGCUCGUGCACACGAGGCAUCUCCACACACACCUCAACCCUCUCCACUAAACGCACACAAACCUUACGCUACUCCACACGCAGACCUGGUGUGUGCAGACAAGCCCCCGUACAGACACAGACGUGGGAGAAAGGCGGAGUGGUCACCUGCUGAGCUCCUGUUCCCACCCUCCUCACCCACCCUCUGGAGCUGGCGGCCUCCCCGCUCCCCGACUCCCCCCUGCUCGGCCAGCCGGCGCUUCGCCUCCCGCAGCCGACUACUCAGCAGCCCGAUGACUGCAAUCUCAGAAUGGGAUGGGGAGGAGGACGACGAUUCAACGGGGGGCAAGGCGCCGGCCAAGACCACGCAGUUGGCUGGUGGUUCCUACGAGGCGUUUGAAUUGGUCAGUCUUACUGAUGGACAGGACAGGGCUACCAAUGGCAGUCUUGAUUGGCUGGACAGAAGGACAACGAAUAUCAAUAACAUGCUGUUCUCCUUUCCCUUCGCUCUCUCCCUGGAAAGCAGUGGGUAGAGCACCAGACAAGCAACUGACGGUCCUCCUCAUACCCAGACCAAAUGCACACAUAUGGGGGUUUAUAUUUCCUAAAGAUGGGGGGCAUUGUUGGAAGACAAUAACUACCGUUCAGCUAGUACUGUACAGAAUGACUGUCUCCGUUCGUAGAUUGGGCAACAUAAGUGUUGCUUCAGUUUUGUUACUAGUUUCAGGAAAUUCAGAUUACAAAGUUAUACUCAAAAUGUUUAUUAGAAAUGUAUUGUGCUGUUUCAGUUGCCAAGGCAAAAAGUUCCCUCUAAGUAAUGCUGUAGCAGGAAAUGUGUCUGAGAAUGUCUCCUUGAUUGUGAUUGGUUUGUUGUUUGAAAAUGAGGAUUGUUAUCUGAAGAAUGUAAUCAUCUUAUGUAGUCCUAUACGCAUUUCAAAUCAAACACAUUAAUUCUCUUUAAAUCCUCAUUUAGUUCAAAUCAUUUUAUUUUGAUAAAAUUAUUGUGUAAAUAAUAUAGUACAUCAUUUACUGUACCUUGCAUUUUCAUCUCAUUUCUAUAAAAUAACUGAAGUCCUUAUAUUACUGUACCUUAAAACCUGUACUUCAUACAUUUUCUAACAGUUGUUCUGGGUAUAGGUAUUUUUUUAGUGUAUUUAUUUGACAAUUGUGAAAAUCAAACAUGUUAUCUAUGGUGCUAGAUAAGGAGAUAGGGCUUAAAGGUUAGAUUUUAUAGGUCAGGGGUCAUGGAGAAAAUAGAUUUUCUAUGGCAUAUAUAACACAUAUUUUGAGGUAUGAAGUGAGGUGGAAAGAGAGAGAGCCAGAGAAAGAGAGGUAACCAGAAAUAGAGAAUAGAGGGACAGAGACUCAGGUAGGGGAUAGUGGUUUUGGGGGAGACAGUGAUCGGGUGAGUGAACGAUCGUGAAAUGUGAGGUGAAGGAUGUAGCACACUGAGAAUCAGACAGUCAGGGAUAGAGUCAUAGAGGGAGAUAGUGUCAGAGAAAGUCAUUGAGAGAGUCAGAUGGCGAGAGAGAGCGAGUCAGAGGGAG